AUGGACGGAUCAGCAUUUUCCAUUGUCAAUCUGAUCGAUAAUAGCCAGAAAGCGAGUCAACAGUACAACUCAGACCCUCGCCAUACGGUUAAAUCGAGUCAACCAAACAACUUGACUGUAGCAAACAGGACUGACGAACUCACAAAACCUGCAGACCUCAAUAUCACUGCUAACGUUGGGUCACCGAGUUUCCCAAAUCCGAACAACGUACCUCCAAUCACAGCGGACGGUUUGUCGCAACACGAUGACCUCCUGAAUCGAUUGUACAAGGAAUACCGUGAUACAUUCUGGCGUACGUUACAAAUCAAACAUGAAGCACUGAUGAAUCAGGUCAGAUGCCAGUCAACUCCAAAGCAAAACGGCCUAGCAGACGCGUAUUUUAGACCUGCAUUCCCAGUGGAUUUCAGCGCUCCAUCGGAAGUGAGGGAUGACUGGUCGCCAAAUCAUCUGCUCCAUUCCACUGACCACUCAGAUGGUAAAAACAUGCAGAACAAUGGCUUUGGAGAGAAACCUUCCGCAACACUUAGCGAAAAUCAAAACAAGCCUCAGUCAAAGGGACUCGUAUUGGCUUCCUGCGUCCCAUCUCAACUGGUAUCUCCGAAUGACCUUUUUCGGAGCUGGCGGGAUCAAGCGUUGAUGCAAGCUCAGCCAGUCAAGACACAGCAUCCAUGCAACGACUCGCCUCUGUUUCAAUUCCUACCAGGGUCAAAGUGCUAUCCUGCUCUGUCAAGCCUGUCUCGGAAGAAGCGAACACGAGCGGCAUUUUCUCAUGCACAAGUGUUUGAGUUGGAACGUCGGUUUACCUACCAACGUUAUCUAUCAGCACCGGAAAGGGCCGAACUGGCAAGAUCACUAAGACUGUCUGAGACGCAGGCUCCCGAAUGUGCUACACCGGGCCGCCUCAUGUUUCAAUCGCUACAAUAUUCGAGAUAUCGCGAUACAUGUAUAUUCGUCAAAAUAUGGUUCCAGAACCGCCGCUAUAAGACGAAGAAACGCCAACUGAGUACUUCCUGCGAGGAACUUCCUGAGGAACUUGCACCUUAUUCCAGGUCAACUGCUUCACCAAACGGGUCCAAUGUAUCAAACAAAGAGGAGGUGGUGGAAACUCUACCGGAAUAUAACACGUCGAUUGUUCAGGAAAAGAUAGAUAGUGACCAUUUUGUUGCUGCUGGUCAUUCAAUGAACAAAAGUACAGAUGGCACCAAACUCCCGGGAUCAGAGACAACCAUGCCGUAUCAAUUGACCAAUUGUGCAUAUCUAAUACCUUCACUUGCUAACCCAACCUAUUGCACAAGCAGUGUACCAAGGGAGGCGGCAGUGAAACUUCCCCAUUCUUCUCAGCCGAACAGCAUGAGAUCCAGAAUUCAUAUGCUUUCCUUCGACCUCAAUGCAUUUCCCGACUUGUUACAAGCAUACCUCCGUUCAGCGCACUCACAAAAUGUUCCCACCGAUUUCACGCAGUAUCCCCCCGUCAAGAAGACUGUCUCUACAUUUAACGCCUAA